AUGCGGAGGCAUGUGUUCCUGCGCAUUGUCAACGCAGUUGUAGCUCGUGACUCGUACUUCAUGCAGACCGUCGAUGCUGUCGGGCGACAAAGUAUAUCAACUUUGCAGAAAUGCACAUCCGCCCUACGGCAACUCGCUUACGGAACAACUGCAGAUAUGUUUGAUGAGUACCUCCAUGUGAGCAAGCAUAGUGGACACGAUUGCCUAGCUAGAUUCUGCCGGGAAGUGGUCGAAGCAUUCAAGGACACAUACUUGAGAAAGCCAACGACCGACGAUGUUCGCAGAUUGGUGUGGAUGCACAAGGACACCCACGGCUUCCCGGGGAUGCUGGGCAGCAUCGACUGUAUGCACUGGCAGUGGAAGAAUUGUCCAAUGGCUUGGAGAGGAGCACACACUAGCAGGCACAAGGGCACACAUCCAACGAUUGUGUUGGAGGCCGUUGCCGACCAACGGUUGUGGAUCUGGCAUGCCUACUUUGGAGUCGCUGGGUCGAACAACGACCUCAAUGUGUUGAACGAGUCUCCAUUGUUCAACGGCUUGUGUGUCGGGCGAGCGCCUACCGUAGAGUUCACAGCCAACCACCGUCGAUACACUAUGGGGUACUAUCUGGCAGACGGGAUCUACCCUCGAUGA